GCGGUGGGGAGACGCACCCCACCUCAAUCGCUAGCCUCUCUCUCUCUCUCGCUCUCUCUCUCGCCUAAUCUCUCUUCGUCCGAGGCUCUUAUCCUCAUGUGGGAUUGUGACUCUAAUCAGCACACAAUAAAGCUUGCUUUUUGAUUUGGAUUUCUUUUCCGAGACGCAUCUCUCGCGGUUUCUUUAGGAGUUCUAUUUCCAAUACUUGUGGAUUUAUAUUUAUUCUUGUUCUAUUCGGAAGAAGAUCUUUUGUGGAUUCAUAUUUAUUCUUGUUUCGAUUCGUUUCGUUCAGAAGAUUUCGAUUUUGUUGAUGGUUAGCGUGAGAAAAAAAUUCAGAUUUUUCUGAUCCUAACGAAGUGAUUUUGUUGGAAAGUCAUUGACUUUGAUCUUUCUUCGGCAAAAAAUUGGUCUUUUGAUGGUCGAGUUCUCCAAAAGGUGUCUUCUCUUAGUUUGGGCAAGCCGAGAGAAAAAUGUCGGUGUCGUUUACGAGGUUCGCCUUCUGGAUUUGGGGUGGGAAAGAUCAGGAAUCCCCCAAUCCGUCCCUAAUUUCCUCUCCCGAAUUGCCUUGGGGAUUUAAGGAGCAGGAUUACUUAAGAUUUCCAUCAGCUAAUGGUGCCGGAAUGAGAACCAGUUCGAGGAGAGUUAAGAAGAAGCGGCAGAGCCGGGAGGAGCGGCGGAUCGAUAAAGAGUAUGACAUCGUCCUUGUGCCCUCGGAUGGCGGAUGCAUGUCGGGGUCCGAGUCUGAUGACUCGGAUUGGUCGAUUGGGUGGUUGGAACCUCAUGACCCCGAGUUCCAGAGCGACAGCGACUCGGAGAACUGCAGCUUCGCCGUCUUGGUCCCGUGUUAUGGCCGUGGUCGUAGUGAGCAGGCGGAGAGCUCCAAGUCCCGUGUCUUGGGAGCGGUCGAUCGCAUGGAUGAUCGUCAUUCUGAUGGCAAGAAUUACAUAGAAGAAUGGCUUUCUUCUCUCCAAAGCAACUGACUUUGCGGAAAUUUACUGAUAGCUUCGCCUUAUAAGGUGUGUCGAAGACCAUGAGCUGUGAUUAACCUAUAGUUAAACCGAGCGAAAAAAAAAAGGAAAAGUUUCAUGGCAAACAAAAAUUCUGCUGGAAUCGAUUCGCGAUGUUGUUUAUUACGGCGUGGUAGAACAUCCCAAAGGUUCAGAUCAUUUUGAAUUUGGUUUAUUCUUUAUCAUCCCCUUGCUCGCGAUAUCUAGAUUGGUGAUUUUCACUAUUGCAUCAUGUACAUAUGGGUGUAAAUAAUGUAAAUACUGCUGUAAAUAUGGAACCAUCCUUUGCCAAUUUUGCUGUGAAUGUAAUGCUUUAGGAAUGCCAAACUGGUUGAAUUCCUGUUGCUGAGAUGGUUCAUUUGUCUGUAAAAUAAAGAACGUUUAUUAUCA